CGGAGCAUCGUACCCCGUGUGUAUGUGUGUGUUUCUCUCUGUCAGUCUCUGAUCUCUGCGCUGCUGCUGCGACUCCGCGCGCGCCAAUCUUUAGUCUCUCUUGUCUAAUCUACCGCCUAUACUGCCUCUCUGUUUUCGUUUUAUGCCCAUUGUACACGAUUCGCGUCGUUGUCGCUGCAGUGCAUCGUAUUGUUAUGAAGAAAUAAUAAUAAUAAUCAAUACACGAUCGCGACGAUCGAACGUUACAUGGAGAAAAUUUGAAUGAAAAAGGUUCGUUAGCUGCAGCGACCAAAAAUAAAAGAGAAUCGCAUCGAACGCAUAUCGUCCCUGCAUUAGUUUUUUUACAGCUGAUGUACGUUACAAAAUAGUGCGUCGAAUUUCUCCGCUAUUUCGAUCAUUAAAUACGAAAUAAGGAGUCGAAGGAGAGAAAUCAGUGUUUUUGUUUUUGUUCUCGUUCGGAGUAAAAAAGAUGUUCUGUAUAUGAAGUGCGCGAGUGUUGCAUGACACAGAGAGGAAGAAGCGCUUGCAAUCAGUGCGUGUGAUACACGAAAUAUUUUUGUCGAAUCUGUAUAAUAAUAAUAAUAAAGAAAAAAAUCAACAGUGCUCUGUUCCUUUUUUGUUGUUCGUUGUAUUGUUCGUGUUCGUGUAUCUCGGUCCUAGACGACUACUACUGCUGCUGCUGCAUCCAACAGUGCAGGAAAAGCCGUAAAUCGGAACGUGCAAAGUGUGUUGUUAUCUUUUCUCUGCUGCUGUUGCGGUGAAUUGAUGCACGCGAGCUGCUCGUAACCGCCGCCGCCGCCGCCGCUGCACACAACGCAUUCGACGUUAUAACUCAUCGUCGUUUUUCAUCGCUGAACUGCACUGAUCUAUCUUCUAUCUCUCUCUUCAAACGGCGCAUCGCAUCGCUAAACGCAUCGACGAGCUUCCAUCAAAAGCGGUUAUGAGAGUAAUCGUCAUCGGUGGAUGAUCUCCGCUACUACUGUACAAAUAGAAGCAGCGUCGCAGCCGCAGCAGCUAUGGACUACCUGCCGAGGAGGCCGCAACUUUUUCUCGUCCUCUGCAUCGUCGUCUUCGCGUCGCAGCUGAGACGCUCCGAUGCCGUCGAUCUCUCGCAAUGUUCCGCUCCAUUGGGAAUGGAGUCGGGAGCUAUUCCUGACACGGACAUCAAUGCCACUUCGAGCUUUGAUAGCGGCAACGUUGGCCCACACCAUGGAAGGUUGAAUCAGGACUUGUUCGGUGGCGCUUGGUGUCCCAAGCCGCAGAUCACCACGGAGUCGACCGAGUGGAUCGAGAUCGAUCUGCGCCGGGUGCACGUCAUCACGGGCAGCGGCACCCAGGGCAGAUUCGGCAACGGCCAGGGUGCCGAGUUCGCCGAGGCCUACCUGCUGGAGUAUUGGAGGCCGGCCCUGGGCAAGUGGGUGCGCUACAGAGACGUCCGAGGAGAGGAGGUGAUCACGGGCAAUCAAAACACCUACCUGGAGGCGCGCUACAGCCUCGAUCCGCCCGUCUGGGCCAGCAAGGUGCGCUUCCUGCCCUACAGCUACCACAGGCGCACCGUCUGCAUGAGGGUGGAGCUGUACGGCUGUCCCUACAACGACGGCGUCGUCUCGUACUCGAUGCCGCAGGGCGACAAGCGCAACAACUGGGAGUUCUUCGACGCGACCUACGACGGUCACUGGGACAGCGAGCUGCGCCGGGGCCUGGGCCAGCUCACCGACGGCCGCACCGGACCCGACAACUUCAAGACGAGCUUCUUCGACUCGAGCAAGGAGCAGGGCUGGGUCGGCUGGCGCAACGACACGAGGAACGGACAGCCGCUCGAGGUUAAGUUCGAGUUCGAUCAGGUGCGCGAGUUCUCGGCCGUGCACAUCUACUGCAACAAUCAGUUCACCAAGGACGUGCAGGUAUUCUCCGAGCUGAACGCCCUGUUCAGCAUCGGCGGCAAGUACUACACCGGCGAUCCGAUCGUCUACGACACACCCGAGGAUCGUGUCUUCGAAUUCUCGCGCAACAUCACGAUCAAGCUGCACCACCGCAUCGGCAAGUACGUGAAGCUGCGAUUCGGAUUCGCCGCCCGAUGGAUCAUGAUCAGCGAGAUAACCUUCGACUCUGACGUGGCGCACGGAAACUUCACUCCGGAGUCGCCACCGACGACCGAAGCCCCGCGCCUGGCACGCGAACGGGGAGACGUCGCAGCCGGGGGAGGAGGCAUCGGCGGCGGCGGCAUCCACGGCGUUGCCGCUGGUGGAAACGUCAACGGAGCCGUCCAUCGUGAGCUGCCCCGACACCACCAGAUCGAGGUGCCGGUCUCCACCGCCAAGCAGGACGACCCGACCUACAUGGCCGUCAUCAUCGGCGUGCUCACCGCCGUCAUACUCCUGCUGGCCGUGGCCAUAUUCUUCAUCGUGUCGCAUCAUCGCCAGCGCAAGAACUUCCCCAGUCCGCUGGGCACCAAGUCGGCCAUACCUCAGGGCGUAGGCCUGGGCCACGCCAACGACUCGACCUACGGCACGGCCGAGAAGGACCCGUCGCUCAUGGGCUACAGGGUCGAGGAUCUCGAGGACAGGUACGCCGGUGCCAAGCUGACCACGCUGCCGCGCGAGCUCAACGAUCGGCUGCUCGGCGACGUGAGACUGGACGAUUAUCAGGAGCCGUUCCACGAGUCCGGCAGCGCCAAGUACAGGGAGCCGCAUCACGCCGCCUAUUACGGAUACAGCACCGUCGUUAUCGACAACAAGGAUCUACAUGACAGCGUCGAACAGUCUGAUGCCACGUACGAUUACGCGGUCCCCAUGCCCGUCAACAGCAGCGCCCCGGGUAGCGACCAGGACAGCAUAUUUUCCAAGUCAUCGCGAGGCAGCGCCAAGGCAUGCUUGCAGAGCUUUUUCCCACCGCCUCCGCCGCCGAUGAGCGCGCCCCCGUCGCGACUGGGCAGCGGCAGCAACAAUCUCACCUACUCGGGCCCGCCCAGCCCGGAUCUGAUGAUGUGCGAGCGCAACGGACGAGUCGUCGGUAACGGCGCCGUCGCCGGGGCCAAGAGACAGGCUCGCGAUCACUCUCUGCACAGGUACGCAUGAGACGAGUCGCCGGCGCUGCUGGCCCAACAGCAGCAGCAGCAACAGCAGCAGCGUAGGACCACGUGCAACGGCAGAUGGGCCAAGAUCACCACGACGAGCUCGUCGGCCUCGACGCUGCUCUACACUCGCGCCUACAGGGCCAACUACGGCGACAUGCUGUAAAUCGUUGCGGAUCGCGACCAAAGAGCGAAAGACGCUGGCUCGAAUUGAGCCGUUUCGUUGUAGGAUGGGGAAGCUUUCGCUUGCGUACCAAGUAUAUGUGUGGGUGUGUGUGUUUGUGUGUAAGUAUGUCCGAUGAUGGCUGUUUCUGUGCGAGUUCUGCUGUACAUAAUUUCCGGAUGAAUGCGUGCGAGUGCGCGAGAAUCGAGUCGACUCUCGAGCUCCUGUAAAUAUUAUACAUAUAGAAAAUACAUACGAGUAUACAUAUAGCUGGUUAGAUGUGAAUUUAGCUAGGUGAGAGAUGAUCGAGCUAACGACCAUGACUUUUUUCCGCAGUCUGUCAUUUCCUCACUUACGCGCACUUCAAGUUUACAAUACAACGACUACUCUAGUUCUUAAUUCGGCACGAUCGGAGCAAAUCGCGAAUAAACCCGCGAUCCGUCUCCGAUCGAAGCUCCACAUUCCUUUAUGCUCGCCUAAUGUAUUAAAAAGUAUAUAAUUAUAUGCGCGCAUCGAUCGAGCGACCAGGUCGCCGUGAGCUGCGCGCUCUAUUGCCUAGUGCGUAUACGUGUGUAAGUGUACAUAAUAUUAUAUUAUACCUGUAGGUAUUUAUUUUAACAUAUUGGCAUAUCACUUCGAGGGAUUGAUGAUGAUGAUUCAGCAAGUAGUCAAAGUGUCGUCCCAUUCGUUUUGCCGCGCACACUCGAUAGCUGAAGCAAUACGUCUGUAAGGUUCGUUCUCUAUUGCUUUUCUGGUAAGUCGCGCGGGGGGACCGAUCGAUGAAUGAUACCUUACGAAACUGUAUCUUGUACAUAUGUUAUUUUAGAAUGAAAUGAUCGUAUGAGUUAUAUCUUGUCUUCUUUUACUUUUAUUGCAAACAAUGCCGUAUGCAAAUUUCGAGAGAGCACUUUAUAAUUUUACUACCAUCGUUUUGCAAACAAAGACUGACUCGUCGGGCGGAGUGGAAAACAAUUUUGUGUAUUUUCUUUGAUUCCACUCGAGCAUUGAAGUGACUUUAGUUUUUUUUCGGAUACUUUGUAGGCUAUUUCGUGAAAUACACACAUAUAUAAUAGUCACAUAAUAAAUUCUUGGAUUAAGGAAUGUAUAUAGACUAGGAUAAUUUAUUUUUAGUUGAAAUUUUUUUAUGUAAAGAGUGUAAGUUUCAUAUGCGAUGAAUGAUUGCCGUGUGUCAGCAGAUGUAAUUGUUUCGCGUUCAUUAAAUGUUUCAUACUUAUUUUAUAGCCUUCUGUUCAUUAUUAUAUGCAUUGAAGAAUAAAACUCUUUUAAUCGAAGCUGCGUCGCCUUCAUGCAACGAGUUAGUGAAUGCUGUGGAUAAAAUGGAAAAUUCUUAUUAACAAAGAAAAUAAAAAUGUAUAUGUAUAAAAUUAUCAUAGGGA